AUGGAUCAAUUCCACGGAGAGCAGCCCGUCUAUGUUUUUAAAGACGGCCGCGAGCUCAGAAACGUCAUCACAAGCAAUGUGAAAGGCCACCUCAAAAACUCCAUCAAGGACCGGGUCCAGAAAGUAAAGGACGCCUUCAGGGAGGUCAAGCUUCUUCUCCCUCGAGAGAGGAAGAAGGAGGAGGACAAGAGAGACAAGGAAGUCUCUGAAUUUGUUGGCAACACGGACAAACGUGAUGACCCGCAUGACUUUGAUGACUACGCUGGGGGGCAUUGGGUCUGCGGACUGAGAACCUGUUGA